AUGGAAAAGAAGAAGAAGCAGAAAAGAAGAAGAAGAAGAGAGUCAUUUCCCACGAAAGUGAAAUUUUUACCAUGUCCGAAAUUAUAUAAUCGACCUACAAUGGGCUCGUUCACUCAUUUUUUGAUUACACAAAGAGUUCGUCAAUUAGCAAAUGAUACGUUACGGUCAUUAUAUUACAUUUCCACGUUUAGCAUCUUUGAAAAGUUCAAUAAAAACCAACAAAAUACAUGA